AUGUACGUGAGCUACCUCCUGGACAAGGACGUGAGCAUGUACCCCAGCUCCGUGCGCCACUCUGGCGGCCUCAACCUGGCCCCGCAGAACUUCGUCAGCCCCCCGCUACCGGACUACGGCGGCUACCAUGUGGCGGCGGCCGCCGCGGCCGCGAACUUGGACACUGCGCUCCCCGGGCCGUCCUGGCCCGCGGCGUACGGGGCCCCGCUCCGAGAGGACUGGAACGGCUACGCGCCGGGGGGCGCCGCGGCCGCCGCCAACGCGGUGGCGCACGGCCUCAACGGGGGCUCCCCGGCCGCCGCCAUGGGCUACAGCGGCCCGGCCGACUACCACCCGCACCAUCACCCGCACCACCACCCGCACCACCCGGCCGCUGCGCCUUCCUGCGCCUCGGGGUUGCUGCAGACACUCAAUCCCGGCCCUCCCGGGCCAGCCGCCACCGCCGCCGCCGAGCAGCUGUCCCCGGGCGGCCAGCGGCGGAACCUGUGCGAGUGGAUGCGGAAGCCCGCGCAGCAGUCCCUCGGAAGCCAAGUGAAAACCAGGACGAAAGACAAAUACCGAGUGGUGUAUACGGACCACCAGAGGCUGGAGCUGGAGAAGGAGUUUCACUACAGUCGUUACAUCACCAUCCGGAGGAAAGCCGAGCUGGCCGCCACGCUGGGGCUCUCCGAGAGGCAGGUUAAAAUUUGGUUUCAGAACCGCAGAGCGAAGGAAAGGAAAAUCAACAAGAAGAAGUUGCAGCAGCAGCAGCAGCAGCAGCAGCCGCAGCCCCCACCGCCGGCACCACAGCCCCCCCAGCCGCCGCCAGGCCCUCUGAGAAGCGUCCCGGAGCCCCUGAGUCCUGUGUCUUCCCUGCAAGGCUCGGUGCCCGGCUCUGUCCCUGGGGUUCUGGGGCCAGCGGGGGUGUUAAACCCCACUGUCACCCAAUGA